AUGGGUAGCUACGGUAUUUCUAAAGUGACCUUAUAUGUUUUAAACACGAUCUACGCGGUAUUGGGCUUGGCCAUCGCCGCCGCGUCGAUAUGGUUCUUUUGCCAAGUCACCGAGUUCACAACGCUAAGGAAUAGUAACCAUUAUCUUCUGGAUUAUACCGUCUAUUGGCCCCAAGCUAUACCCUGGCUGUUUUUGAUUGUUGCGUUCCUUGUUCUGGGUGUGUCAGCGUGUGGAUUUAGCAGUGCACAUAAAAACAGUCGUGGUUUGAUCACCGUGUUUGUCACUGCGCAGUCGAUAGCGAUUAUUUGUCUGAUUGCUGCAGCCGUUGUGGCCCUUGUGUUCGCCGACAACAAAUCUACGGACGACUUCGUAAAAGAUACGGUGUGGGAUGUGUACUUCCAGACCAAGACAGAUAACGAAGUAGCGACGUCUUUUGGCGUUAUCGAGAGAAAGCUGCACUGCUGUGGGGCGGACAGCCCGAGGGAUUACAAGAACUGGAAAAAUGAGUUCCCCAUGUCCUGUUGUGAUACUUAUUACCACGGAUUUCUUGAUGCAUACACAAUUGAUUGUGAGUUCACGAAUAAACUAGCUAAUGAAAGACACGGAUGUUCAACGGUCGCUGCGCAGUACGCAAGAAUUGUUAUUAAAGUACUGUCUGGAGCGUCGAUUUUUACAGCUAUAAUUGGGAUGAUGAGCCUUGGAGUUGCCGUAGGCUUGUCCAAAUCAAUAGCGAAGAAACGAAGAAUACAAGCGUUGAAAAAUGAAUCAGAGAGCAAAAAGGUUCUAUUGUAA